GAGGGUCAAUCAGCAAGGCGGCUGUUGUGUUUUUGGGACUGCAAGAACAAGAGGUCUGUUAUGACGUUUUCCCUUUUUGGAUUAUUGUGAAUGGGAAAGGAUUUAUACUAUUAUAAGUUCGGAAAUAUACGUUGAAAUGUACUCAUUUGAAGGGAAUUACAAAUCAAAGCGAUCAUUAGUGCUUGAUCAUACCCAGAAGUUGUCAACUCAUGCGCUUGUUCAAAAAACACGUGAAGAACGAAAGUCACGUGAAAAUAUGGUCAAACAAGAACGUGCCGCUACUAAAAUUCAAAAAUGUCUCCGAGAUUAUGUUGCACGAAAUAAAAUGAAACGUUACUUUAUUGGAUUAUUGAAUGAAUUAUCUAAACAAUUAGAUGAUAUAGUAAAUAAAACUGGUUUCAAUGUGGAGCAUGAAUUUGAACACAAAUUAUUGAAGUUACUUCAAUGUUUCAAUACAUGCUAUCGUAAUAAAAGUCCGGAACAAAAACAUCUUUUUACUGUUUGUCGUUUAUUAUUGUCCAAACAUGGAAAAGAUGCACAAGUCAACUGGUUAACUAAUGGUUCUGUUGAUCAUAUUUUCACACUAGGAAAUUCGUUAUUAAUCAACAUCAAAUAUUUAACAAAACUUCCAUCAUUAACAACAUCAUCAAACUAUACAUUACCGAUUCGUGUAUUAGAGGAAUCAUUCAACAUUUUAAUCGGAACUUGUUCAUCUACAAAAAUCUCUUUAUAUUCAAAACAACUAUACUUCAGUAUUGAAAGGAUUUGUCGACAUUUAUCAAAGCAUCAUUAUUUUAAUCAUUUGGCUUAUUUUAUGGAUCAACAAUUACCAACUACAACUGGUGGUUCCCUUAAAGAUAUCACUACACAAUCACAAGUAUUUGAUCCUGUGGAAUUUUUUAAAUUACCAAAAACUCGUCCGUUUAUUAAUCUAAUAAUUGCACCGUUGAAAUGUGCUUUUAACCUAUCAGAUAAUGGUAGUCCAUUUUCUAAUCCAAUGGUCGAUUUGUAUCGUGAACUUGUUUUCACAUCAUUAAAUGAUAUUCUCAUAUCAACCAUUGAUGAUCACAAUACUUAUAUUAUCGGUGAACGUGUCGUACUCAGUGUUGGUAUGGAAAUGUUCAAACUACCUAAUCUACAUCAAAUUGUUAUUCAUGGAUGUUUAACAGCGGUUGAGAAUGAAAAUAGCCAAUUAAAUACUGAACUACAACAACAACCACCAUAUAGUGGAACUAUUUCAUUGAUUCCUUCUAUCAAUUUAUUACACCUUUUUGUGACUGUGGCUAUACCUGGCAUGCUAGUAAAAUGUGAUCCAACCACAACCACAUCAACUGUCCAUACAGCCGAGCCAUCAAUGAUACAAGAUACUGAUGACGAUGAUAAUCAUGAAGAAGUAGUGACAGAGGAAGAAGGAGGUGACGAAUCAUUGCCAGCUCUGUUAGCUACUGAAUCUUACACACAUUAUACAUGGUCUGGUUCACCUUUAGAAGCUGCGAUAACGAUACGUUUUAUUGCUCGGAUCCUUAUGAGUUGUUUAACGGAACGUCAUCUGCCUAUUGUUCGUCCGAUUACUGAUCCUAAGCCGUUACAACUACGAAGUGGACAAGGAGAAGAAUUAUCAGAUGACGACGAUGGUGAUGAUGACGACAACAAGAUUAAUGAUAAUCAUAAUAGAAUGAAGGGAGUGGAAAUCAAUGAUCAGGAAAUGAACAUGUCAGCUGAAUUCACUAGAAGUACUAAUAACUGUAGCCUUAUUUCAGAAGCUGUCUCGUUUCAACCAGCUAGUCAACUGACAAAAAUAUCUGCGUCACUAAGUCAUAGUUUACCGGCACUAGCAGCUAGCUCAUUGUCUACCCUGGAAAAUUUCAAUAGUGAUUUGGAUAAUCCAGAUAAAUUGGAAUUAAUUCGUUCUUCAUCAUAUCUACAUUAUUGCCUUUCUCAAGUAUGCGGUCUGUCUAGGACAUCAUUAAUACGCAUUAACUCUAUUUAUUCACAAUAUCCAAUCUAUUUACGUUGUUUAUGGAAAUUAAUUGAAAAUACUAAAUGUUCAGAUAAAUCAACAUUAAAUUAUUCAAAUACCAAUAUGUCUACAUUGCUUAAUAUUUUAUGCUCGGGUGAAUUACCUACACAUUUAGUGGAACUUCAAAGUUAUCUUCCACUGAUAUUUACAUUUGCUGACUGUCUUCAUCAUCGCUUAUUAUGUUUAACGGAUUCGGAAAUCUGUGACAUCUCAUCGGAAGUGAACUACACCAACUGCAACGAUUAUCGUCAUCCACAACCAAUCAAUAAUAAUAGUGAACCCUCACGAGGAGGUUGUGGUUUUCGUGCUGAUGAAUUAUUACAAGUUGGUACAAGACUUCGUGAUCUUAUGCUCGGUCUAAUUGAUUUGUCACAUCCUGAUCAAGUGCCGAAACAAACUCGUAAUUUACAAUCAGAUACACAUUGUGCAGAAUCAAUGGAACAACCAAAUUAUGGUGCAGUAUUACGUAGAAUAGAACAAUGGGUCGAAAUAGCCGACCUUGGCAGUUCACCUAUUAGUGAUCUAAUGAUGCGAAAUUAUACACAAUGGUCGAUACCGGAUUUUCGUCUUUUACUAUAUUGUUGGUGUAGUUUACUGCGUCGAGUUGAACGGUUAGUAUUUCAAAUCUAUGAUUGGGAUCGUCGUUGUCGACGUCAACAAGAUACUAGUCUGCCUAUCUACCUUUUACAAAAUCCACAGUCCACAACGACAACAGCUUCUACAAAUGCAUCAUCUACAUUUUCAUCAUCAUCCUCAUCAACUGGUAUUGCAUGCGUAACCAAUUCAUCACGUCUACCACUUGGCACACCAAGUGUUAGUCAAACAUUUUGGUUGAAAGAUAACUUAUUUGAUUUAUUAAAUACUACAGAAUCGCAAUCUUCAUGGUUUGAAAAUCAAGGUUAUCAAAAUACAUUGGCAUUAGCUGGUGCACCGUUUGGUUAUUAUAGUAUUUUGAAUCCAGAUCGAAAUCAAGUGGUACUAGAAUCAUUUUCUUUAUCCAAUCGUCAAAUACGUCAAGUCUUAUUAUUGAAAAAAGUUCCAUUUGUUAUACCAUUUGAAAAACGAGUUAAAUUAUUUAAAGUUCUUAUCAAUGAUGGUAGUACAUAUAAUCGUAAUCCAUUUCGACGAAUAUAUAAUAUAUCUAAUCAACCAAGUGUUUCUCUUGUUGUUCGUCGAACUCAUUUAUAUGAAGAUGGUUUUGAGAAAUUAUCCAAAGAAAAUGGUAAUGUUUAUCUUGAAUAGUUUUUUCUUUUAAUUAAAGUUGAAUAAUAAUGACUGUCAGAGGAACACAGGAUGCGUGUCUUGUCUAAUUUACGACUCGUCAGCUGGAUAAAUAUAUAUCCAUCUCAGUUCUGAUGCUGGUGUUUAUAGGACAUGAUUAUUAGGGCCUAGUCUCAAUGUAAACAUCAACACUUAGAUCUAGGUAUAUCCAGGUGACGAGAUUACAACGAUUAAUCACGUUCAUGUGAAAUCAUGAUUUCUAACUGGAGUUGUGGAAUAAUAACUUUGGCGAUUACUGAAUUCUGUGAUUAUCAUAUCUUGUAUUAUUCCCCGUCUUUGAGGACUGUAAAGUAAAAAAUAGCUAAUGUAAUACUAGCUCAUAUUACUUCACUACGACUCCUUGGUUUUUGAUCCCGGAGGCUUCAGGCAUGUUUUAGAAUACAAUUUAGAUACGAUUCCAAUGUUGUUCUCUAUUUCAUUCUUCACAGUUUUUGAGAUUCAAAUUUUAUUAACCAAACUUAAUCUAAUUAGACUAUUCAGUCAUCUGUUGAUUAUGUACGAUCUUUAGAUAAAACAUCGUUCGAUCGAUGCAUUCAAUUCUGUAUUUGAAAAACUGAUACAAAAAACAUAGUGGGGGUAACGUUUUAUUCCCGAUUCAUCAUCUGUUGUUUUUAAAUUGGUCUCAACGUUCUCCUGAGAAUUAUUUGUCACUGGAUAACUGUCUCUUCUUAGUGUAUUGCUCUUCGCUAAUAUGCGUCCACAACCCACAAAGGAUCAUACUCAAGACUACUACUCAGAUCUUACUAGAACUCUUAAAUGACAUCAAUUUAUGAUAAAUGUAACGUAAAAAUUACCCCCCCCCGAAACCCCUUAAAACAAAAAAAUUUUUAAAUUUAUUUUGCAGCACCCAAUUUACGUCAACGUUUAAAAGUGACCUUCUUAAAUCCAACUGGUUUAGCUGAAGUCGGUAUUGAUGGUGGCGGUUUAUCAAGAGAAUUUCUUACUGAAAUUAUUCGUGCUGGUUUUGAUCCAACUAGAGGAUUUUUUAUUUAUGCAUCGGAUAAAACUUUAUAUCCAAAUCCACAAGCAUCUGCAAUUACAAUGGAUUAUUUAAAGCAUUAUUAUUUCUUAGGAAGAAUUUUAGCAAAGGUUAUUCAUUUGUUUAAUAUUUUAAUACUACUUUAAUUAAAUAUACUUUAUGAGUAAGGCACAAGUCCAUGAAGUCACUGACAAGUGGACUGAGUCAUGUUGGUAGGUGUAGACUAUCUGGUUGGGAUCCGCGAGACGAUAGUAACCGAUAGUUAGAGACCCUGAGUGAUAUGGCACAAAAUCGUUUGCAAUGGCGCAAGUGCAUUCACUCUUUGUGUUGUUUCAAAUUCUAAUCUUCUGAAGUCUUCAUGUCCCUAAUUUUCUUUCCAAAUUUAUUUCACUUGAUUAUACUCCUUGAAUAACAUCUUCAAGCCCUAAUGUUUCCGAUUUCUGCUUAUACUCUUACUACCUCUACCACUACGGAAUUUGAGUCGACAAGUGCAUCUCUGUGUUAAUGUGGUGUGGCGACUCGAACUGAUGUACGUACGUACGAAGUUGUACGUUGUUACUGACUCUGACUUUAUGGGUAAAAUAGGAUCCAUUUCAGAUUUGUUAUAUUUGUGUAUUUAUCAUCUAUCAGUUUUGAGCCACAAUUUCGUUGUGUGAAGUAUGUAAUAUAUUGUGUUUAUCCAACUUUGUCACUGAAGGUCUACUGAUAUGCAUCCGACAACAUGAGGUUCCUUCGAUAAUAAGGGAAUAGCUUUGUUCACUAUUGAUUCUGAUGAUUCAUUUAUUCAUUAUUUUUUCUGUUCGUUAUUUCAUUAUCUUUUUCGUUGUCCUUUUCUCUUAUUACGACCGAGUUACUUGUAUUGUUGAAUAUUCCUGAACAUUACUUCAUUCGACAAGUCCCGAAAUUAUUUCAUGGUUGAAUAGGAAGGUAUUACAAAUAAAGAUGGUUGGGUAGAAUUAGGAAUCCCAAUAAGAAAUACGUUAGUAUAUUCAUAGUUUUUGCAUAUGAAGAUUCUAGAAUUUUUAAGUCUCCGCUAGCACCAAUUGAUUUAGGGAAAAACAAAUCAGCGUUUCCAGAACAUACUUUAACCCUGUCUAUACCCCUCUAACACUUUAAUUGUCUUGAAAUGUCUCGGCUUAAUUUCAAUGUUUUUUUCGGCUUCCAAUGGUUAGUGGAUUUUUUCCCUCAUCUCUACAAUACUCUAUUAUGAUAAACACCUACCUCUAUAUCUAUAUUAAGCAAUUAAACAUUGUAGCCCUAUAAACAAAUAUGGAUAGUGGCUGUUAUAACUUGUCAUUUGAAUGCUUAUUGUCUUGGCUCUUUUAAUGCUACUUUUUGUAUCAGGUCGUCGCUGAUUGUUAUGUCGGAAACGCUUUUCAGUUAUACUCGAAACGACGGACCUCUGCGAUUCCCACGAUGCGAAAGUAAGAACACAAAGACUGGUAUAAGUGAUGAUUUAUUAACCCCAAAACACUAUGACGACGAUGACUCUAGUCGAAAAUACACUCAUUUUUAUAUUAAAUGUACACCCAUUUUGAUUAUUAAUUAGAAUGUAAUCACAUAUAUAUAUGAAAAAUACCUAGAGUUAUAACAGAGCACAGACUAAGCAUAGUUCAUGUCAAUGGAAUACAAGAAUAUCGUAUAUUAUACAG